AUGGAUUUUGUCACAGCUAAUGAUCAGUGUAGGACCGAAGUAAACAUAGAAGGAAUGGCUCUUGGGAGUUCUGACUUCAAAAGAUGUUCACUGGCAGCUCCUCACCUUUGCGAUGUCAAAUGUAGACAAGAGAUUACGUGCCAAAGCUAUAACUACAAUCGAAAAUACCAAAUAUGUGAACUAAAUAACCGCACUAAGGAGGCGAGACCAGAGAAUUUCCUUCCAGCACCCGCGUGGUUUUACAUGCGGCGAUCGAACGGCAGAGGUAAGAAAUCAAAAGUCUUUCCAGCAAUGUGAUUUCUGUUUCUCUUAAAUCUUCUCCAUCCUCAACCUGGUUCCUUCUCACCUGGAAGAGCUAAGAAUAGGAAGUGAAUGUCAAACAUAUCUUUACUGCAGCUCCGUUAGGUUCUAUCCCUGAAUUACCGGCGCUGUCUUGUCACGAAAUAAAGGCGAGUGAAGGUAAACACACCAUAAGCGGCAAGUACUGGCUGGAUCCAACUACGAAAGGAAAAGCAAAACUGAUUUACUGCGAUAUGGUUAACGAAGGUAGGUCCUAUAACUUUGCUCGAGUUAUUUUAUUUUGUAAUGAGUUAUCAGUAUUAAGAAAUUAAUAUAAAUUAUACUAUUAUUGAUAUCAUUAUGGCAAUAUUUAGUUUGGAUCAGUUCUAGUGAGGAUGCCUCUCUCAAGUUGCUCUAACUUAGUCCCUGUUUCUCUUUCAACAUUCUAGAUAUGGAUGAAUGUAAAUUUAACAUCAGUGACUGCGACGUGAAUGCAAACUGUACUAACACGUAUGGUUCUUACAAAUGCACAUGCAAAGUUGGAUACAUCGGUGAUGGACGCUCAUGUUCAGGUAGUUUUGAAGAUGAUCUUAUUGAUAUUUCCUUAUGUAACUAAUUUUUGUUAAUCAUCUCAUAAUUUUAAGCAGCGUUAUUCAUGCAUGUUUAUACACAGAGUUACCAUGAUCCACAUAUUUUGUUACAUAUUUUGUAACGAUAAGAGGAUUUGUAUGACUAUGAGUCAUAAAAAUGAUAAAGUGAAAAAUGUAUCUAUGGUUUCUUAGAUAUUGACGAGUGCAAAGGAAAUCACUCUUGUCACGUGAAUGCUACAUGCACGAACACAAAAGGGUCGUACGUUUGUACUUGUCACCCCGGAUAUACUGAAAAUGGAAGCGUUUAUUUUGUAUUCAUUCCCAUUAAAAAGAAAAGCAUUAUCAUCUUUGCAAGACUUGUUUUACGAGCUUACCUUGUAUAGAAAGAGAUGAGUAUAGGCCUGAAGACAAUGGCGAUAAUGACACCAUUGCAUUCAAUAAAUGUUCAGUGGUAAAAAAUCUCAACUGGCAAAGGGAGACUAAAUUGAAGUGCUCACGUCUAGAACCACAAGACAAAGGCUUCUCAGCUUAUGCCCCGUAACUUUUCACCAAUAACAAUUUUUUUUUGUUUAUGAUUUUACAGAUAUUGACGAGUGUAAAGGAAAUCACUCUUGUCACGUGAAUGCUGCAUGCAUGAACACCCUUGGAUCACAUGUAUGUCAAUGUCAUGCUGGAUAUACUGGAAAUGGAGAAAACUGC